GGAUAAUAUUAGAAACGUAGAUAGUUAUUUAUAUAAGGAAAGAUGAUGAAGCCUCUCUUUGUCUCUUAAUUCUCUUUUUUUUUUCUUAAAGGGCGAUUCCUUAAAUCUUGAGUCCCUCUUACCUUCAACCACACCUGCACUCACACUGACACACCUCCAGGUUGGCGUUGUGUGACCUAGUUGGACGACCGCCAAUCCCAUCAUGGACCUGAACACACACGCUUAAUCUGUCCGAUUAAUGAGCGGCCAUUUGUCUCUGUUUCAGGGAUUCCCAUCAGGAUUUACACACACCUCCAUCUACCUCCACGUCGAACCUAACGCUCCUCCUCGGAUCCUGUUUGUUGUUCUUCUUUUUCUUCAGUUUUGAGUUUGGAAAAACGGCGCUCAUCACCUGAGAUCCCCUCCACUCGUGGUUCGACUCACUCUGAGGUAAACUUAACAGGAGAGAAACGUCACUAUCAUCUCGUUAUGGUGGUUUUAAUUCGACUAAGUGCUUUAAAGACUUGAACUUGAGGCUCAAACUCAGCCGGGGAUGGAUGUAAAGGGUGUACAUGUGCACAAAUGAUAACAUUUGGAAGUUUAUUUUGAAGAUCUAAGCUGUUUCAACUUGACGUGGACGCAGGAAGUGAGACUCAAACUGAAAACUUGAAGCUCGAGUUUGGGGAGAAAUGGAGAUAAAGGUUGGAAACACAAGAAAGGCAAGCCGAGGAAACGGAGAUUCAAAGGAAAAAAGAUGAAAAACUGCAGAAUGGUGAGAAGUGGACGAUGAGAAGUGGACGGGAAGAGAAAAAGGACAAAUAAAGAGGUUUCCUGUGAGGAGCGAUGGAGGGAUGAGACUGCGUCUUCUUCUUCUGCUUCUCUUCUGCAGGUACGCUCAAACACACACCUGGUUUAUUAUGCUCUCAUGUCAGGGGUGACAGUUUGACUCUUUACGUCUCCAGUGUGAAGACGAAGACGUUUCUUUUCUUGUCCUGUCAUUUUACCGUCAGAUAGACUUCCUGUUCGGUCAGGUGUCAGAGAGGAAGCAGCAGGCCACCAUGCUGUAACCUGAUUGGAUUAACCCUGAAACCUGCCUCUGAUCCGGGCCAACGCCAGGUGUUCAGCCCGUAAGCAUUUUGGCAAAGAGACAAUCAGAUCAGUUGAGUGUGCAGCAGGACCAGAGUCCAGCAAAAUCAUCCAAACGACCUCCGAUCGGAGAAUUUACUGAGCCUCUGAGAUAACAACCAUGAUCCGUGAGCUGAUUGUAGAGAGGGUUAAAGGAGUCCACCUGGAUUACCUGUGUUCAUAGACAAUAGAGUAAGAUCUGAUGCAGUGACUUCAACUGCAGAGUCAUGUCUGAUUUUAACGCAGUUUCUCACAAAGUGGUGAAUCUUCCCAGAUUUACUUCCAACAGACUCAGCCUCUCUGUGCACUCUAAAUUAUUUUGUUCUUACCGAGACAAAAAAAAUGUUUAACCUUCCGGGGCUCUUAGGACAUUUUUGUCCAUUUCUGUGUGACUUUUUACUUUUCAUUUGUUGAUCAUUUUGGCUGCGUUAUUGAAAAUGGGAUGAUUUUUUUUUUCCGUUUUUUUUCCCCUCCAAAUUCCUUUUUUUCCCAUUAAAAAUAACAGUGACAUCAUGUAAUCAAACUGGAAUUUAAAGGGUUAAAAUUCUGAAGAUAAAUCAAUAUUUGAUAGAUAUGAUCAGGACUGAAGUUGAUUAAAAGAUUUAAGCAAAAAAAAGUGGAAAAAAAUAUGCAUGUAUAUUUUUAUAGCACUUUUAGGAGAUGGACAUUUUCGUCCUCUAAGGACCUAAAUGUAACUUUUUUAGAAAUCGCAGAAUAAAUCAAACAUAAUGAUGCAUCAGAAUUGAUGUUAUUGUCAAUUAUUGAUACAUCAUAGACCUAGAUAAAAAAGAAAAAAUUUAAUGCUUAUAUUUAGUGAAUUUAACUUAUUUUUAACUUCACUUAUUUCUGGGGCUGUAAAAGUUAAAUUUUAAGUAAUCUGAUCUUAAAAUCAGCUUUUUUGUCUUACUCUGAGCCUUUCAAAUAUAUUUGUAGACAUGCUUAUUUCUAGAUUUAAUAAUCUUAAUUUCAGAAAUCUUGUCAAGUGAAGAAAUCCUGCUCCAUGGACGGAUAAUUUGACUUGUUUUUAGUCCCUUUUCCUUCAGAUUUAGUGUUUUUAUCUUGUUCUCAGACCUUUUUCCAGCUGCAUCAAACUUGAAUCAAGCACAUUUUUUUUAACCUUUGAUUUCUCGCCUUUACUCUAAUUUCAAUCAAAUGUAGACUUUUAACAACCAACAAACAUCAAUAUUUGAAACUCGAACAUCUAAACUCAAAUGUCAUUUUCUUUGCGUGUUCCUCCUCCGAUCAGGUCACUGCUCUCGUAACCAUGGACAAUGAAAACUGCGCCGUGAAGGAGAACGGCGACUGUGAGGCGGCACGGCCAAAAACGGACAUCAGCAUCAGUGCUACCAUAAGCCCCGCCCCCAACCUGAGGAGGAAGCAGCUGCUGUGGCAAACCGCCGUCAGGAACAUCAUCGACCAGCACAACCUUUACUCGCUGAGGCUCGCCGGGGGGCUCGAGAGGGGGAGGCACCGCAUCACUGUGACCGACGCCUAUAUCGCUGACAUCAACAGGUACCAACUGUGACAUCAUCAAUAGGUGUAGGUCAAGGUCGUCCUCAUUAACUUAACGGCUGUUGUCACAUCAGAGCUCUCGUCUUGCAGGCAGAUUCGUUACAAGGCAUCUCGCGGUGCCUUCUGGCAGAAACGGCGCUCGUCAGCUGCUCGUGUCCAUCCGACAACACCAAAAAUCUCUGUGCCAACAAGUCUCGCACAAGACUCGCUCACUGAUGCCGACUUCUUUGUGUCUCGCGGGUCGACGGUGCGAGGCGUCUUCAUUCCGACUCUGCAGCACACGUUCAAGUAAAGACACACAAGCGCAGACACACUUACAGAUGUUUAUGUGUGACAUAAACAGCAGGUUUCUGUCAGCUGUCCGGGUUUUUUCUCGAUCAGGUCUCAGGACCUGGAGAAGGUGUAUCAGCAGUUUUCUUCGGGUCAGAGGAGAACUUCCCUCGUUGUGACAAACGUCAUCGACAUUCUGACCCGGCUGUCCAUCCUCAUACUCACCUGGCCGUCUGGAUGGUGGGGUGUGGCUUGUGAUUGGCUGGCUGUGCUGUCAGUCAUCCUGUGGGCAGGUAUCUGUGUACUGGCACUGACCAGAAAGGAAGUGAUGUCAUCACAGUGGCUGAGGUACGCUGGGAAACAGAGUGACUGAUGAAGACUGUCUGAUGUGUCAGUGGGGUUCCUGUUUCUGUUGUCUGUCUAUCUGAGGUGUGUGUAUACCUGUGUGGCUGUCUCAGGUGUGUCUAUACCUGUCUACUUGUCUUAAGUGUGUGUAUACCUGUCUUCUUGUCUAAAGUAUGUGUAUACCUGUGUGGCUGUCUCAGGUGUGUCUAUACCUGUCUACUUGUCUUAAGUGUGUGUAUACCUGUCUUCUUGUCUCAAGUGUAUUUACCUGUCUGCCUGUCUCACGUGUGUGUAUACCUUUGUGGCUGUCUAAGGUGUGUUAACCUAUCUGCUUGUCUCAUUUCUGUGUGAACCUGUUUUCUUGUCUCAAGCGUGUAUAUACCUGUCUUCAUGUCUCAGAUGUGUGUAUGCCUGUGUGUCUGUCUUAAGUGUGCGUAUACCUGUCUUCUUGUCUUAAGUGAAUGUAUACCUGUCUGCCUGUCUCAAGUGUGUGUAUACCUUUGUGGCUGUCUCAGGUGUGUGUAUACCUAUCUUCUUGUCUUCAGUGUGCAUAUAUCUGUCUUCCCAUCUCAAGUGUGUGUAUAUCCGUCUUCCUGUCUCAGGUGUGUUGACCUGUCUGCCUGUCUCAUUUCUGUGUAUACCUGUUUUCUUGUGUUCAGUGUGUGUAUGCCGGUCUGCCUGUCUCAAGAGUGUGUAUACCUGUCUUCUUGUCUCAGGUACCUGUCCGUGGUCAGCUGGUUCUCUCAGACCGUACAGGUGUUGGUGGGCGUGUUCAGCUGGGCGGAGAGCGACCACUCCUGGUACGUCUUCUUCUGUCUCUUCUCCACCUACACCUUGUUGCCUCUCCCCCUCCUCUGGUCUAUCAUCGCCGGGGCAACAACAUCCACCCUGCACCUGCUGCUGGAUGUCUGCUGUCGCUAUGGUGACCAGGCCUUCAUCACAAAGGUUGGACUCUUACCUUUCUGGAUAUUUUUCAGCUUUCCUGGUACUUUCAGCUUUUUAAACUGCAUGUCUUUGUUGUUUUUUUUUACCUGUCCAGGUGUUGUCCAAAACCUUGCUGUACCUGGCCAUGAACACAGCAGGUCUGUUCAUCCACUACCUGUCUGACCGAACUAUGAGACAGUCCUUCUUAGAGACCAGACGCUGCAUAGAAGGGCGAGUAAGACUGGAGAGGGAGAACCGCAGACAGGUAUCAGAGGUUUUAAGACUAAGACGAUCCAAACCAGGUGAGUCCAGGUGUGCUGAUGAUGUCACUCUGCCUCUGUGUGGUCCAGGAGCGUCUGGUCAUGUCCAUCCUACCUCGGUUUCUGGUUCUGGAGAUGACGGCUGACAUGGCGUCCAUGGAUGACUACCUGCUGCCUCCACAGUUCCACAAAAUCUACAUCCACCACUACAAAGACGUCAGGUAGGCGACCACAGGUGUGAGCUUUGGCGCCCCCCGUGGACAGUAAAUGUCAGUUAAACUUAAAUGCUGUAGAGUAGAUGUAUAAAAUUACUUUCCACAAUUUUGUUUUUUUUUUUACAGUAUUUUGUUUGCGGACAUCAUCGGCUUCACCUCCCUGUCUCUGAUCCUGUCGGCUCAGGAGCUCGUUAAAACUCUAAACGAGCUCUUCGGACGCUUCGAUAGGCUAGCUGAGGUCACACCACCAUCGCUGCUCCAUCUUUUAUUUGACGUUUCAUUGUGUGAUUGUUAUAAUGACGGUGUGUUUGUGUGUGUUUGUGUGUGUAGGAGCACCAGUGUCUGCGUAUUAAGAUCCUGGGGGACUGUUACUACUGUGUGUCCGGGGUCCCCGAGCCUCAGAGGGGCCACGCCCGCUGCUGCGUGGAGAUGGGCCUCAGUAUGAUCAACACCAUACGGUACCAACGCACACUCAAAGACGCACAAACGUGGCGAUCGCACGAGGCUUCACAGUGUGUUUGUGUGCAGGUAUGUGCGUCGGGAGAUGCAGCAGGAGGUGGACAUGAGGAUCGGGGUUCACUCCGGUUCGGUUCUGUGUGGAGUUCUGGGCCUGCAGAAGUGGCAGUUUGACAUCUGGAGCUGGGACGUCGACAUCGCCAACAGUCUGGAGGCCGCAGGAGUGCCGGGGUGAGAAAAUUAAAACAUUAAAAACAUUAAAAUUAAUGUUGUGCAAUAAAAAAAUUAGACCCUGUAGUCAAAAUGAAGAGAGGGCUGCAGAAAUUCGGAACUUUUCUCACCUUGAAUGUUCAGGUUUUUAAUUUGUACCUGACAGCACGUUUAAUUUGUAUCUACGCCGUCGUCUCUCAGGAGGAUCCACAUCUCUCGGGCCACUCUGGACUGUCUCGGUGGGAUCUACGAAACUGAGGCUGGGAACGGCCAGGAGCGAAAUGAGUUUCUACGGAAACACAACAUCGACACGUACCUGAUCCGCCCUGCCCUGCGAGAAGAGGCGGAACCGCCAAGAGCCAGGCGCCCAAGUUACGAUGAGAUGACGACGUGGAGCGCCGAGCUGCCGUUCGGAGACAUACUGGGGAUGAACUUUGUGAGGAUGCGUUCAAAGACGGCUCAGAGCUGUAAUAGAGGACUGAUCUGAUUUUUAAUCCUUUUUGUCCCUUAUGGCUCUCUGCAGAUCCUUGCUACCUUCACAAACGGCUCUCUAACCCAGCUGCCCAAUCACAUCGCAGCGCAGCGCUCGGGGUCACGAGAGGUCAACAAAAGGAUCUGUCAGGCCAUCGAGGUGCGGAGCAGCGAGAGGAUGAGGAAGGAGCACAUCACCACUUUCACUCAGGUGUUCAAGGACUCCCAAAUGGAGGGCAAGGUGAUUACUUCGCUUCCUGUCAAGGGGCGGGGCUUAGGGUCAGAUGUAAAGAGCGGUCAUGUGACUAUUUUCUGUCCUUUAGUACUCCCAGAUGAGAGACGAGCUCUUCAAGUCCAACAUGGUGUGUUCCUUCAUCCUGCUGAUGAUGCUGAUGGCGGUGCAGGCGCUUAUCCCCGCCCCCAGGUACACCUGUCUGUUUACCUGACAUUUUUUUUCUCUCUUUUUCCAUAUAUGGUCAUUAAACACACCUGUCCUUUCUCUGUUGUGUUGCUCAGGUUGCUGUUGAUGGUUGCUCAGUUCGUCUUCUGCAGCAGCGCCUACCUCCUGCUCCUGUUGCUGACUCUGGGGGAGGAGUUUAAGCAUUGCCCCGCCCCCUUACAGUCUCUCUGCUGCUGGGUUCAUGAAACAAAGUUUGUUCGCACGUUGCUGACGCUCAUCGCCAUCGCUAUCAACUUUGGAGUUGCGUCCUCUGACGUGGUGGGUCUUAAACUCUAACCCAGGAUUUCCACCGCAUCCAGAACGGCUGCAGUUUUCGCUGUACGCCGAUUCCUACCGGAUUUGAAAUCUACUUCUAGACUUCUAGAAUCAGCAUCUCCUCAUCACGGUGUCAUCGGGGUGAAAUGAUGUCUAAAAACCUUUCACUUGUUCGUCUCCACCCGUUGAAGAAGAUGGUGGAAAUUGACACAUUAACUUGAACGGUUACGGCGGAUGUGGCCUUUUCGUAGCCGUUCUGGUUGCGGUGGAAAUUGGGGGUAAAACUGGUCCUGAAGUCGCCCCUCAGACCGUUUUGUCGCUGUCUGAUCGUCCUCUUUCUCCUUUCCUUCUCUGCUUCCCUCCUCAUUUCCUUCCCUUCUGCUAGCUGUGGUGCGAUUCCUCAGAUUCUCACAUCAACAGCAGCGACUCCUUGUUGGCUCCGCCCCCUUCCGCAUGGCCCAAAAUCAACAUCUGCACACAUCCAGAGGUAAGCGUUGGCACGAAUGUAGCGUUAAUGUUAAUCAAACUUAUUAAACUAAUACAACAAUCCUCUCUCUCUCUGUGUGUGCAGUACAUGGUGCUGAGCGGCGUUGUCGCCAUGGUUAGCUGCGCAGUGUUCCUCAGGUUAAGUUGCGUGCUUAAGCUAGCCGUGCUCCUGCUGGCUGCCGCCCUCUACACCUACCUCAUAGAGACACACAGGUGACUUCAAAGAACUAUGCUAGUGCUAACCAGUCAUAUGCAAGCAACUUGUGCUGCGUUCGAGUUUCUUAGGAAGUCAGAAGUCCGAGCUGAAAAUGCGUCACACCUGAGAAAAUCAGAGGCGAAAACAAGAUGACUAGAUCAACAAAAGUUAUUUAAGCGCUUGCCUUAUAUUUGGACAAGGCAAGCGCUAAAAUAACUUUGUAGCCAUCUAGCCAUCAUGUCUCCGCCUCCGAUUUUGUUUUGUAACUGAGAUGCCGGUAACUCGGGUGUGACGUCAUUUUCAGCUCCGACCUCUGACUUCCGAGGUAACUCAAACGCACCUUAGCCACAUACGUUAGAAUUUUUUACAAUGAAUAACAUUGACAUGGCUAGCUCCUAGCGGAAAGCGUCUCUCAGCUAACAUAUCUAUUGGAGUGCUAAUGCAGUUUCAUGCUAACUGGCUCCUACCUUAGUCAAUAUUUAGCAUUUUACGACCUAAUUGUUCUGAUUACAUGGUAACUUUGAGCAACAAGCUACCAGAUUUAUCAUUAGCAUUACUCUAGCGAUCGAGUUCUGACCGGCUAAUAUCAGCUCGUUUAUAAAUGCAUAAGAGAAUAACUCGUAUUUCUUUCUAUAAAUGGAUGGCGUGAUGUCUCUCAGGUCUCAUCACCUGUGCAGAAAUGGCGUUUGCGUCGUCCUCAUGGUGAUGUUUGUGGUGGUUGUCCUCUACAACAGCAGACAGGUGAGUUCACCUUGAAAGUUUCCGACACCUCGGCGGUUCUUUCAGGUUAAACUGGAUUUUAUCCCGCGUUCUUCUUCUUCUUUGGUAGCUGGAGGCCACGGCGCGACUGGACUUCCUGUGGCGGCUGCAGGCGAGGAAGGAAGUGGAGGACAUGAGGGAGCUGAGGGAGCACAACGAGUGUCUGCUGCUCAACAUCCUACCCUCGCAUGUCGCGCAGCACUUCCUGGAGAGGGACCGCAGCGACGAGGUACCUGCUACCUGUCACCAGGUGUAUAUAUCAGAGUGUGUGUGUGUGCGUGUGUUUGUGUGUGUGUGUGUAAACUGUGUGUUUGUGUCUUCAGGAGCUGUACUCUCAGUCUUAUGAGCGGGUGGGCGUCCUUUUCGCCUCUCUGCCCGGCUUCUCCGACUUCUUUGAGCAGAAGGAACAAGUCCAUCAGCGAAUCGAGUGUCUCCGCCUCCUCAACCACAUCAUCAGCGACUUUGACGAGGUGUAACACAUACGCAUUAACACAAAAAACAUGUGCAUUUCUGCAGCAUCACUUACACAAUCAUUGAUAAUCUGAUUUUGUGUUUGUAGCUGCUGGACGAGUGUUUCUUUCAAGAGGUGGAGAAAAUCAAAACCAUCGGUAGUUCUUACAUGGCAGCUUCAGGUCUCUCACCAAACGGACAGGUGAGUUCUGACGUGAUAUCAGAUUGUAAAGAAGACGUUCAUAACAAAGCAGGACCAUGAUCCUUCUCUCUCUCUGUGUUUGUGUUUUGUUCAGGGGUACGAGGACGUUUGGCAUCACCUGAGCGAGCUGGUCCUGUUUGCUCUGGCCAUGCAGGAAACACUCAAACACUUUAACACGCACACAGGAAACAACUUCCUGCUACGAAUCGGUGCGUACAUCAACAAAAGCAACAACAUCACUGCUGCUAAAAAAAAUCUAACAAAAGGUCUCCCAACUGUUUUUUUAUAGUAUUAGAUGUCCUUAAUAACAUGCUAAAAGUUUACCAAAGUUUGACCGUUGGAAGGGUGUCAUUUUCACGAUGGCGUGUAAAUGAGGUCAUAUCUAAUUAAAUAUGCACUAAUUUACAUACAUUUUCAGAACCAUAAACUGAACAAUGGAUAAAGCCCCUUCUUGAUUUGUAGGACCACAGGAACAGUUUCUGGGCGUUCUUGGAUCGUGUGUUUUUUUAGCAUCAUGAUUUGUUAAAAUCACCCGCAGGCAUCGCUCACGGCCCGGUGAUCGCAGGCGUGAUCGGAGCCACCAAGCCUCAGUACGACAUCUGGGGUCUGACGGUGAACAUGGCGAGCAGGAUGGAGAGCACAGGCGUCUACGGGAGGAUCCAGGUGAGGUCACCUGUCUGAGGGGGCGUGUCUUUGUGUAUAUAAUCACAUUAAUAACCACCUCCCCUUCUCUCAUGUCAGGUCCCAGAGUCCACCAGCCUUAUCCUGAUAGAGCGGGGUUUUCUACGGCAGCUGAGAGGGAACAUUCACAUUAAAGGCAUCAGCGAGCGACACGGGAAGGUGAACAAGUAUAAAAGUUAUCAAUACAGUCACGAAAAUGUCUCCAAAGUCUCAUCGUAACAUUUUAUCGUCUAGGUGCGUACGUUUUUCGUGAGCAGCCGUGAGGAGCGGUCCAGUUUCUUGGAGCGCGGCGCAGGGCGGGGCUUCUGCAUGAACAGGAACACGCUGGGAGCCGUGGUCUACAGUCUGGUUCAGGCCAGGAAGAGGGAAAAACUGAUGGAGGAGAACGGAGGCUUUCACCUGGUGGAGGCGUCGUAGGAGAUAGCGUCCAGUUUUUUUUCGGCGUUUCUACGUGGAGCGUCACGUUGGCGCUGAACUUUGACAUGGCGCUGAACUUCAACACACAAAACCUUCAAACCUCAUGAUCAGAUACACUUUGAGAACAAUAAAGUUGAUUAUUCGUCGUGAACUGGACAGAGGGGGCGCUGUUUCAUUUAACAGACUCUGAUGGAUUUAAGUUGAACUGCAGUUUUUUUCUGUGAGAUUUUCUCUUUUUGCACAUUUUUUACACACGACCGGCUGUAGAUUUUGGUUCACGACCUCUGGAUUUAGAAAAACGUUCAAUAUCAUGAA